AAAUGGACACACAACAAGAUCAAUAAUUAAAAAAGAAUCAAUUGAAAUUCCCUGUUUCUAAAGUGAAAAAGAUUGUAUAGGAAAAUUAAGAUGUUGGUAAAAUCAACAAUGUAGUUCCUUAUGUAUUAAGUAUUACUUGAGUGUUAUCGAAAGCAAAAUCACUUGAAUUAUUUUUAUCAGACAUCCUUUCAAAAUGCAAAGAAACUUUGAAAGAUAGGAAACUCAAUAAAGCCACACCUGGUUUAUUGUAAAAAUGAUAUUAAAUAAAAGGAAGAUAGUUUUAUAGGAAUCUCAAUACGAUUUCAUGAAGGAUUAUGCUUCAAAAUUACCUGAUUUGGAGGAAAGUAAAAAGAAGAAAAAAGGUUUACAAUUAGAUGAAUAGAGUGAUGAAGUGGUUAAGAAACGUAAAGGGAAUGAUGAGUUUGAAAAAGUAGAAAAGAAAGUAGGAGGACGAAAAUCAAAAAGAGUUCGAAGAUAAUAAUCGGAUGAUGAUUAUGAUGAAGAUGAUUGAAUUU